CAAAUGUUGAUUUUUGUGGGCGGAACGGUCUCUUAUGCUAGUGCACAAGUCUAGGGGGAGAUAUUUUGCAGACGGACAAACAUGAGUGUUCACGCAACCAGACGUCUGGUUCUACAAUGGACCCUGAGAAAUGCAACCUGUCCAGUCCUGAACCUAACAACCAUCCUUGGGAGUGACAAUGUACGACAACAAGGUUUCAUGACAUGCAGACUCCUCUGUUCCACCCACAACCAGACUAGCACCCUGCAUCAACAUACGGACCUGUCACAGCUCCAACUGCAGCCGGGCAGGGAGCUAUCCAUACGGGCUGUACUUGACAUGGGCUUCACAGACACGCAGGCAGAUCAACUCUUAGAGGCAGCAAACAAGGGUCGAGGGGGGCAGAGUGAACAUGCCUCUUCCACACUCAUGGCUCUGUUCGUCCUGGGCCUCAACCCAUCUAGUGUGCUGAAAGUCCUGGAGAAGUGUCCAGAGUUGUUUUACGUAAAGGGCACUCAGCUGCAGCAACGUAUGGACAACCUGAGGAGACUAGGGCUGCUUGAAGGAAGUCUGCAGCGGGUGGUGAGCCACUACCCCCAGAUCCUGACCCUGCCUUUGAGGAGGGUGAACACAGUGGCCAGGUUCCUCAGGGAGAAGUGUGCCUUCACCGUCCAGCAGGCCACUGACAUCAUCAGAGACUCUCCAGCCGUGGUGCAGGAUGACCUGGGACAGCUGGAGUACAAGUUCCAGUACACUUACUUCCGCAUGGGGGUCAAGCAGGCGGAGAUGGUGAAGUCCAAGCUUUUCCGUGUCACCCUGGAGGAAGUACGCUGCAGACACAGCUUCCUGGAGCGCAGGGGGCUGUACCAGACCCCAGACAAGAAGGGCCAGACUCUCAUAGUCAACCCCAAACUCAAAGACAUCCUAGCCGUCGCCGAGGAAACUUACCUCGCUGACAUCGCCAUGGCAACACAGGAGGAGUUUAAGGUGUUUCAGAUGCUGAUGGCGAGAGAAUGGCAAGAGGAGGAUGAGGAGCAGGAGAGGGACAUGGGAGCUGACAGUGAUGAUGACGAUGAAGAGGAAGACGAAGAUGAGGAAGACAUGAAAAGUGGCUAUAGGCAGAGGAGAAAGAAAUGAGGCUAAAGACUGGGAGGCACCAGUGAUAUCUGAAACAGAAUGGAUAUUUAAAAUGAUCUAGCUAUUUAAAAUGAUCUAGCUAUUUAAAAUGAUCUAGCUAUUUAUCACUUGAAAAAAAUGAAAUAAAGUAUUUCCAGUUUGA